AUGGACGUCACGCAUCUCAAUGGCCCUACUAACGGCCACCUAGACGGUCACUUGAAUGGCUACACCAAUGGUCAUCCCAAUGGCUACACCAAUGCUCGCUCCAAUGGCUACACCAAUGGCCACUCCAACGGCUACACCAAUGGUCAUUCCAAUGACUACACCAAUGAUCAAGCAAAUGGCCAUGGGAAUGGUCGAGCGGACCGUGUACCCAGUCGAGAUGCUACGAGCUUCAGGAACCCAUCGCUGCAAGUAACUGAGGACCACAAUAUCAAAAUGGUUGACGCUCCUAUCCAGGAGCCAGGGAAAGGCGAGGUGACGUUGCAGAUCAAGUGCUCAGGAAUCUGCGGAUCAGACAUGCACCUGUGGAAAUCAGGGCGCAUCGGCUCUCUCGAAGUCAAAGGGGACUGUAUCUUGGGGCAUGAAGCUGCUGGUAUCGUCCUCAAGUGCGGUGAAGGUGUCACCGAUCUCAAACCAGGGGAUAGAGUUGGUGUCGAGCCCCAAGUGCCGUGCGAGAGGUGUUUCCUGUGCAGGGAAGGCCGGUAUAAUCUCUGCGAAGAUGUCGAAUUCUCUGGAAUAUGGCCUGAUGCUGGGACGAUUCAGCGGUAUAAAGUCCACCCAGCGAAGUGGCUGUAUAAAAUCCCAAACCACCUGUCAUAUUCCGAGGGCGCGCUGCUUGAGCCUCUCAGUGUGAUAUUACAUGGCAUCAGCGGGGCAGGAGUCCGGCUGGGAAGACCUGCUCUCAUAUGCGGCGCUGGUCCCAUCGGCCUGGUCGCGUUGGCUGCGGCUCGAGCAUCCGGAGCUCACCCUCUCGUCAUCACGGAUAUUGACCCACGGCGCCUCGAGUUCGCCAAGGACUUUGUUCCGCGGUGUGAGACAUACCAGGUCAGCACGAAGCUCAGCGCCGAAGAGAAUGCCAGGCAGAUCAGAAAGUUGUACGGAGACGACGAAUAUUCGGCGCCUGUGUCGGUGAUCGAGUGUACCGGUGUUGAGAGCAGCGUCUGUACAGCAGCUUUCACUGUCCGAAGAGGAGGCACUGUCAUGGUAAUUGGCGUCGGUAGACCCGUCAUGAACAAUAUCCCGUUCAUGCAUCUGUCGUUGGCAGAGAUUAACCUCAAAUUCAUCAACCGAUACAGAGACACAUGGCCUGCUGCGAUCCAGUGUCUUAGCGGCGGGAUCCUAGAUCUGAACAAGCUGGUGACGCACAGGUUUCCGCUCGAGGAGGCUCUAGAUGCCUUUGAGCUGUGCGCUGAUGUCAAGAGCCUCAGCAUCAAGGUUCACAUCGUCGAUGAUGUCGAUGCCGUCCUGUGA